CGGGCCGAUUGGCGCCGUUAUCGCGACUUCUCAAGUCUUCAAAGAUGGAUAUCACAGUUCACCAGUUUGUACAGAAUGACAAGAACCCUGGGAGCUCCAUUAUAGACGACGGGGUCAGCUUGGUUGCUUCUGCAUUCCUUGACCUCCACUCGUGGACGUCUGUAAGUCUUCCAGACACCCAGACUCGACCCCCAAACCCAGAGGUUUCGUUGUGGACGUUACGAGAUGCCCCACCAAUGCCCCCUCGACAGGAUUUGCCACAGAAGCCACGAACGCCAGAGUGGGAUGCGCCGUUUACCGAAGCUGAAGACGAGGGAACGUCCGCUCUCGAGCCUUUUCGGGGCUUGGACGUCAGCUUUCUUGACUCUCUGCCUCGGAAAAGGGCCCCCAUGUUUUCUUUAAAUACUGAUAAACCAUCCAAACGACGGCGAGGAAGCGAAAAGGACGUGUUUCAUCAAAAUCGGCUUGCCACACCAGCUCGAUCAGCUCCAAUAGUCCUUGUCCCUGCGUCUGCCUCCCCUUCCGCUCCAACACAGUCGAGCGCUUCUCGAAUUGAAAUCCUCUCUGCGAGUUCAAUAGUACCAGAGCCCCACGUCAUAUGUUCGCCUGCGCCAUUAUCACUAGCCCAAGGAACAACGAACUACGGGGAAAUACCCAAGCAUCCCAUACAUUCCUUUCUAGGCUCAAUUGAAACCUCCAUCAGCUCACAUCCCCUAGCGCUCCCUUGGGAUGCAAAGUAUGCUCGGGGCUCUUGGUUAAUUCCCGUCAGGGGUCCCCCCGCUCACUCAUUAGCGUCCUGUGGAUGUUUAUUGCCUUCUAUACCUUCGCAGGCUUCCCCUAAGCUACUGGAAUCGACCCACCCACCACCCACUGACGCUAAAGCCAUCCUUUGGACGCCAGAGCUCUUACUGAAAUUCUGGGACUUCCUUAUUUUAAUGCGAGCAAAGGGAGUUCUUGGCCCGAUAGCUAUCUUUCUCGAAAUUGAAGGGCUGGUCCAUCGUCUAAACCCAGGAGUGAGGGGAAACAUUAGCGACCAAAAGGCACCAAGAAUACCGGAAAUCAGCGCUGUCUUUCAGUCUAGCCAGAAUUCUACCUCUUAUAGCGGGGAGCCAAACGAGUGGAUUCGGCUAGUGUGUGAUGGGAAGCAUGCCCUCCGGAUACGCACCAUUCUGGAUAGCUUCAAGGGUAGUUGGCCUUCCCUGACGUCGUCGUCAGGUUCAGACGCGGAUCGCAUGGUCAGUAAAACUCGUGGAAGCGCAAACAGUCGACACCCCAUCAUCAGAGGUUCGCUGCUUGUCUAUACCGAUGAUCUUGGCAGACCGCUUUUUCUUGCGUAGAGAAUUCGAAUUCUGGCCAUUCACUCCACAUCGUUCAAUGUAUUGUUCAGUGCGCAUUCGUUACGCCUUAUCUAUUAUUAUUUAUCUUUUUGCCGCCGCGCCUCAGAGAAAGUUCCCCCUUUUGCUUCCAUAUCGCUAGAUGUAGAGGCCGAAUAAGCCUUCGAGCCACCUUGAUAGUGGGCAUGCUCGGCCA